AAUUAUGGAUUAAUAUUACACAAUUUUUUCCUUUUUAUUAUUAUUUUUCCUUUUUAUUUUUUUAAAUAACAUUAUUUAAGUAAAUUUGGUGAGUCCGAUUUAUUAAAAGGCGAUGUUAUAUGUAUUUCUAGUCGAUCCUGGCAAAAUAAUCACAUUUGAUAUUAAUUAUGCCUUUCAACCGGUCAGGUCACUUAAAAAAGCAAUAUUUGAGGACUAUAAAAUACCUGAAGAUAAACAGAUUUUGAUAGUCAGUGGUGGUAUAAGUUUAUCUGACAAUGCAAAAAUAUGCACCUAUUCUGCAGGAACAGAUUCAAAUCCUAUAUUUCUAUUCAAUAAAAUAUGCAUUGAUAAUCCUAUUUCUGCUGAAAAUGAUGAUGAAUCUGACAAUGAAAUUUUGGAUAUCAAAGAAAGAGUGCAGGGUUGCUUGUUGUUGGAACCUAGCUUUAAUACUUUAACUGCCCGAACACAAUUAGCUCAAUAUAUCGACGAGAUUUCAAAAACCUAUUUGAAGAAGUGUCAAUCAGCCGUGCACGAUCAGCACUUGAUGCAACAGGCUUGGGCCGCCGUACUGGCCAAUCUCGAGGACAGUCUUUCAGCCUUUCGUCGGCGUUCCACAUAUUUUCUAGACGUCAUUGCGAAUGACGGAUUCGGAGAUGCGUCGCAUUCUUCCCGCGACACUAAUUUGCCCUGCGCCAAAUCUGCUCGAAUUUUCCGGCGAUUUUUCAAGUCGCGUCUUGUCGAAAGAGCUAUCAAUGCGCUAGGAAAAAUUCCGAAGAGCGAAUCAAUGACCAUGCUGGAGUAUGUGGAGCGGCGUCUGGCUGAUGCCGGUGUCACGAUCACGGCGACAAACGUUCAAUUUCUUCGGCAAGGCACCGAAACCGCCAAGCAAAACAACUCUUCGCUCGAUAAAAACGCCAAAGAAUUGGACUUCCUUGACGAUUUACCGAAUAAGGAAAACGUCGAAUUUUAUUGUGACUCUGGCGGCGAGAGGAUAAAAACUUUGCUAGCCAGCUGUCUCUCAGAUUUGUCAUCUAUGAGCCUCGGGACUGACUCAGCCCAACUCAAGAUGGAGAUCACUCUAACUCUCGAUUCGGCUGAUAACGAGCCAAUGAAACGGAUCGGGGGGUUAGAAAAUAGACUUUUUGGAUUAGAGCGCUUAGUAGCCGAAGUGGAAAGACUUUACAAAGACCAGGCCGAACUAACAAGGGGCUUUAUCCAGAAUCAGUACAGAGCCAACAAGGAAAACGAUCCUUCCAUUUUGCCCGACCUUUGUUCUAGUCACAAAAGACAGUUAUCCUUCAUGCUUAAGCAAUUCUCCCACGUCAAGGAACUCACGCAUAAAUCUUUCAUGGCCAAACGCGAGCUAGCCAAUAACAUCCAUUCCAGAUUGAAAUGGGUAUGUUUUGCCUCACGCCAGUUGUGUUCGGUCGACGCAAAACUUUCCGCCAUGUACGUGAAGCUCCGGACUUUUCGCGUGAAAUGUCAGUUGUUGAUGGAUAUUUGUCACUUGCCCGUUACUUGCCUCCUGUAUUCGGCCGAACGCGAUAGAAGGAAAAUGUUCGACCGAACCUUGAAUAGUGUCGAGAAAUCGUUCUGGCAGGACGAGAUGAUUCCUAUAACAGCCAAGGAACACGGGAAGAGGGAAUACUUCGAGAAAAUCAUAAUGAAUGACGCAUUAACCCGUCAAAUUUUUCCGCCUUUCCGUGAUAGCAACACAGCUGUGCAUUUCCACCGCGAACCACAUUACCUCCCUCCUACUUAUCCCCUGGCAACAAACCGCAUCAAAACCGGAUAUUUGGGAUCGGAUUUGGAUAACGAAUACCUCAACCAACUUGACUUUGAGAAAGUUAUGAGAAGUCUGAAAAGGGUGGACUUUGCCCCACUCUUAGUUUUUUACGUGGGGAAUGAUAUACCCGACUACUUAAACGAGGUUGAUGCUCAAAACCUAGAAAACGUAUCACCGAAUACAGAUUCCCCGAAUCGUCUCGAUCACGACAAAAUUCUGGAAACAACUCUCGUUUACCCCUUUAGCAUUUUUCGAUCUCUAUUCUCUGCCGAUUCUGCCUCCCGUUGCGCUAUCAUCACUGACCCGGUAGAUCGUCGCCUACCUGCGCUCGCGCUAGCGCUCACUCGUUAUAAAUACCAAGCAUUGCCCAAAAACACUUUCCCGAAAGGUCUAUCACCCACUUUCUUAACAGCUGGGUUUAAUAAUGAGAGAGUUGGCUCGUGUAGAAGCUCGUCCUGGCCUCUCAUUUAUCGACGAGCAGAAGGUGGAAAUAUUCUUCGCUCCCUUUCGACGAGCUGUAGAUCUAGUGCUAAUGAUAAUUCUCCCGAGACUCUAAGAAAAAUGCAGGCAACAAAGCAAUCUCGUUCUUUUUCUCUAAAUCAAUUACAUCGUCAUUCACUCGUAGAGAACUUCGCUCAAUCUAAAAUCAUAGAAUUCAAACUGGCGUGUUGCCUGGCCAAGCUUAAACGAUUGAAGAGCCAAUGUUUCGCCGUCAAGCACGACUAUUCCGAUUGGUUGAAAGUAGUGACGGGACCUGAAAUAUCAAGGUUAACGGAGGAGGUUAUGAGAGCAGUGAGCGGGUUAGGAGCCAAAAUGGAGAAUAAUUUACAGUUAAAAGUGACCGACCUGAAAAAAGGUUACGAGCAAUCUUUACACCAACGUACGAUCGAGAUGGAACUACGCGAGGCCGCUAUAGAAUAUUCGGCUUCUGCACUCCACCGUCAAGAUAAAUGCGCCAAACCCGCUAAUUCUUCUAAUUCUUCAAUCUCCAAUGGCGAAAUUCCUACACAUAAGCAGCUGAUUUUUCCCGCGCAAGUCGACGGACCCUCGGAAGAGGAAAAUGGCGGUCGCGCGAUGGAGGAAGAAGAAGAUGGGGAAGGAGAGGGUUACUACUUCGAGGACGAUUUCGAUUACGGGGAUGGAUGCUUGAUACACAUAAAAAACAAUAACCACAACAUUUCUCAUAACGAACAGCCUACUACUGGCAAUUACCACCUACCUUUCACGAUACCACAUCUGAAGUCUCACAGUCACUCAGAUUCGGAACCCGUCGAUCAUGGUUGGGACAAAGGUCGGGUAGGCCCGGAAAAUCUCUACAUCGAGGAGAGUGCUUCAAGUCGUAUGGAAAGGAGUGCUGAACAGAAAUUAUUGGAUUGUUCCACUGCCUCCCUCAUGUUUAUAUCUUCCAUGGAGGAUCAUCAUCAAAAACAAUCUUCUACUUAUCCUGAUUUUAUAGAGGAAAACCCGAAUAACCAACUGACGGAUAUACCGGAUACGAUUUCAACGGAUAUCGCCAAUUUUUACGCCCUGCUACCUCAGUGUCCUCCGUAUCUCUCAUCCUCUUCCGACCCCGUCUUUUUAAUAAACUCUUUCGCAGAUGAAGAGGAGGAAGUUCGUAUACAUCCUAAUCUCGUCACAAUCUCGAACGUUCCCCUUAAGACAUUUGACGAUGACUUAUUGAAUACUAAUGGCAAUAACCUACAUAUCUCGUCCAUAAAUGAAGUCAAUGCUUACCCAUCUUUGACAGAUGCCGCAGUAACUAUGUGUCACGAUUCAAGUGACAUACGAAAUGAAGGCAACGAUACCGGCGAAAUAUACCUUGAUUCCUCUCACUCUCUCAACGAAACUCACCAUAAUUCGGAAAAUUUGUCACUCCGCGCAAUUCAAAAUUACGCGCAUUUCUGGAUGUCCACUCGUCUCAAAGACUAUUUUAAGCCCGCCAUGUUUUACGGGUGUGGUUUCGGGUUUUUGGACUGUUCCGAAAUAUCCUUAUUCGAUUCAAUAUCAGAUUACGUAGAGCGCCACGUCGAUUCUAUGUUUCACUCUUCCAUCUUGCUUCAAAACAUGGACGUUUUAGACAUUUUUACUAAGACAGUGAACGACGUGUUAGACAUCGUUUUGACGAUCGUUCAACAUAUUUUCGGUCACAAAGUGCCCCUCGCUGAUUCUAAAGCUGUCGAUGUAGAAAAUGCCCAAAACAUUGAUUUUUUUGGGGUAGGUGAACCAAUGAUCUCACUCUCUUGGCACGAUUUGGUACACACGGCAACAACUUUCUCCUCUCCUGCCAUCACUGAUAUUUCGGGAUUUUGUCGCGAAAAAUUUCUCGCUCAACUCGCUAGCAACACUUCAAAGUCGGUUAUAUUACUUCCUCCCAUAUCCCUCACCGACUCCUUGAAUUCUAAUAAUUUAUAUUCUGAAAUCAAUGUCAACAUGACCAGAAGUGAGAUGAAUUUGCUUCCUUCUAUCGUAAAAUCUUUGCACAGUCCGCCAACCACUAAUUCUCAAGUUCACGCACGUUCUACUUUGCCCAAAAUUAUUAUAAACAAUUUAAGCGCAGGAGACCAUUGCCUAUUUUAUCGAGACAGGCGUCACAAUAACCUGUACGUGGCACUUUGUCUGGAUUCGCAGGUCUAUUUCUUGCAUUCCGAUUCUCAUCACUCCUUCGUUUAUCCGUUGUCAUCGCCACCCUCUGAUGAUAAUUAUGAAUCUUCUACCCUUACCCCCCAAACUCUUCGAGGAUUGGAGGAUAUCGUCCUGGGCAGGAUCGAGAGCAAGGAGUACUGCUUAACUAAAAAAUGUCCCAAUAGAUUCGGUUUGGAUAUCGGACAAAAAUUUUACCGGAUUAGGGCGACACCCGUCGAUCAUCACGCCGAGUUUUCCGAACUUUUCGAUAUGUUACAUAGGUUGUUGAAAAGUGUGGGGGAAAGCUUUGAACCAGUCUAAAGAAAGAAAAAUAUCCUUCAUUUUUUUUUCUUUUUCUUAAACUCACUUAUACACCCUUAGAAAAUAAUUGGACCCAAGACCCAGUAAAAAUAAACAUAAGCUCACGGGUGUUAAAUUGUAAUCAAAAAAUAUUUUAUUUUAUCAAAAUCGAAAACAAUUUUUUUAAAUAAUAAUUAUAAUACUUAUUGUAUAUAAUAUAAUAAUUUA